CAGCAGCAGCAGCAGCAGCAGCAGAACCGGCCGCUGGAACUGCUCCGGUCGAACUACCGGGUGCAACUGAGGAGCCAAUCCAGGUUGCUCCUGAGGAAGUAAGAAUAAAAUAACUCACAUAUUUUCUCGGCCUCGAGCUUUCAAGGAGGGGGAAAGCCUCUAUUCAAUCAAUUGGCUGACACUUUGCUUUUUGAAGGAGGAUGAUAGGGGCGUUUUUGACGAAGCAGACUCCGCGCUAGGAGACGGUGAUAAUGCGAGCUCAACUGCUUCUUUGACCGAGAGCAUUCUCGAGUACCGCACUCUGCAUGGCCGUACGUACCAUAGCAGCAGACACGGAGCUGAGAAGUACUGGGGUCCGAACGAUGAGCGCUCCAAUGAAGCCAUGGACAUGAACCACCAUUUCAUGACCCUAUGUCUAGGCGGCAAGCUUCACCUUGCGCCUUUGAAAGAUGACAUUGAGAGAGUACUCGAUAUCGGUACUGCGACGGGCUUAUGGGCAAUCGACAUGGCGGACGCCUACCCGAACUGCGAGGUGAUCGGGACCGAUCUCUCCCCGAUCCAGCCGUCGUGGUGCCCUCCCAACGUGAAGUUCGAGAUCGACGACCUGGAGGAGCCGUGGACGUACGCGCCCAACAGCUUCGACUACAUCCACAUCCGGUACAUGGUCGGCAGCGUGUCGGACUGGACCAAGCUGUUCCGGCAGUGCUACACGGCGCUCAAGCCCGGCGGCUGGCUCGAGACCUACGAGCCCGAGGCCGACUACCGCAGCGACGACGACACCAUUCCGGCGGAUGCGGCGCUGUAUGUCUGGCGCGAUCUGUUUGCGGAGGGGGGCAAGAAGCUCGGACGCCCGUUCACGCCGGUCACGGAUGAUGUGCAGAGGAAGGGGGUGAUUGAGGCGGGCUUUACUAAUAUGCAUUCGAAAACUAUCAAGGUACCAAUAGGCGGAUGGCCAGCCGAUCCUAAGUUAAAGGAGAUCGGGCAGUGGUCUCAGUACACGCUCGAGCAAGAUUUAGAAGGCUUCGUCCUCUACAUGUGGAGCACAGUUCUCGAGCGGCCCCUAGACGAGAUGCAUGUGUUCCUGGCCAAGUUCCGCAAGGAGAUGCGCACGAGGUCGAUCCACUCGUACCUCCCGCAGGUGGUGGUGUGGGCGCAGAAGCCCCUUGAUGCGUAGAAACAGCUAGCUCUAGGGGGGUGGGGGAGGUUCAUGAUUCACGAAGCAAUAGUUUUUGUUAUGAGUACCUACUCUUUAUUAUUGGAUAUUGUCUUGUGUGAUAGCAGCUGGUAACUAGUAUAUAUUAUGCGCAGAGAAGGAAACGGUUGAAAAUACUUUUCCCCCUUAGUAGUGGGUACGGUCUAAGUCUGGGGAACAGCCAUUAGCCAUUACACACUCGUAUCUAUCAGGUAGGUACCUACCUACCCGAGUAGUGAAUGAGAUUUCUUCAUUAAACCUA